AUGUCCACCGACGCCGCCGCCGACGUCGCGCCGCCGCCGUCGCCGGACGACGACCCGCGCGCGACGAGUCUCGGCCGCGUCGACGCGCGCGACGACGACGACGACCCCCCCGACGAGAUCCGCGACAGGCUCCGCCACGUCCAGGAGGCGUGCGACGCGACGACGGUCGACGCGCCGUUCCCGACGUUGGACCUCAGCGGGAGCCACCACGCCGGCGACGCGAUCGAGCGCGUGACGUGCUUCGGCGACGCCGUCGUCCGCGGGCUUCGAACGUUGCGCCUGGAGUUCGCGCUGCGACUGGAAGACUCGCACGUCGCCGCGCUCGCGCCGAGCGCCACGCUCGAGGACGUCAACCUGAACGGCGCGCAGUCCGUCGGCGACGACGCGGUGAUCGCCAUCGCGCGCGCGAACCCGGGCUUGCGCGACAUCGGGCUCUACUGGAACGUGCGCGUGACGGACGACGCGAUCGCGACGCUGUGCGCGUCGUGCCCGGCGCUGCGAUCGAUCAACCUCAGCGGAUGCAAGCGCCUCACCGACGCGAGCGCGAAGUCGCUGUCGAAGCUGAGACGCGUCGAGUCGUUGAACCUGACGCGAUGCGCGUUCACCGACGAUGGGUUGACCGCGAUCGUGCUGUCGCCUGGGAUCGCGGAUCACCUCGUCUCGUUGAACCUGUACGCCGCGGCGCGGUACACGAGCCGCGCGUAUCGCUGCGUCGGCGUCUUGUCGCAGUUGACGUUUUUGGACGUGUGCGGCUCGCAGGAGAUCUCCGACGACGCCGUCGCGGAGAUCGCGGAGGGGUGCCCGCUCUUGGAGUACCUGAACAUGUCGUGGUGUAACGCGGUCACGGACGUCGGGUUCGUCGCGGUCGCGGAGGGGUGCCCGCGGUUGCGGAUAAUGAGCGCGCACGGGAACAGAAACGUGACGAGCGCGUUUGUCGACGCGUUGGCGCGGACCGGUGACGGGUCGCUGCGAACGCUGGACGUGUGCGGUUGCGUGGGCGUGGCGGAGGACAGGAGAGCGCUGCGGGCGCUGCUGCCGUCGUUGCACGAUGACGACAGGACCGCGUUCGUGUUUCACACGUGA